AAAUUAGAAUUACAUCACUUUCGUCACAAGUAAAAGUCGUAAGAUUCACGGUCAUCGUUUUUACUUAUCGUAAAAUCGCGAAAAUAAUCAAGAGGGGAAGCGAUUUGUGCCGAGUUAUGAACGCUUUCUAUGCCGGCGAGUGCGCGCAGUUCCUCCAACGCGCUUAUCCCGUACGAACGUAAUUCUGUAAACAUUACGGACAAAAUGUUAGCACACCCCGCGAUAUAAAGUCACGACGCUUCUGUUCACGAGCAAUACUAAAGUUAGCAACGAUUUGCCAACAGUGAAAGGCUUCGUUAGAACUAUAUAACAAAAAACGUUUCGAAGUAGCUCAGUCCGAGAUGAGAACAGCCAUCUGGGUGUUGACCCUCGCGGCGAUCGCGGCCGCCGAAAUCGCUGAUGAACCCUGGGUUGAAGAGGAGGACUUAGAAGAACCAUACUCGAAUGACAGAGAGUACGACCAUGAUAGAAGAAAGCGAGAAGCGUAUGUCGAAGGUCCUUUUGAAGAACACGUUAGGGUUAAGAGAGGUUGCAAUGACGAACCAAAAUAUAGAGUACGGCGUUCGGCUGAUCACCUAAGGAAACCACGUCAGGUUCAUCAGUAUGAAGUACACGAGUUCAAUGAUGAAGCAUCAUUCCCUUUGCCUCCUUACGAGGAAAUGUUAGCAGCCAGUGCUGAGCAUUACCACAGAGUAUACGCUCCAGCUCCCCAAGCUCGUAGUUUGAAUAGAGAAGUGAGUGCCGGUCCACUUACCUUUGGCGUCCCUAGGGCGUAUGAACCUGUACAAGUUGUCGCUGCACCAGAUCUUGGACCGUUACCUGUGUCUAACAUUGCUCAUGCUAAUCCUAAUCCUAAUCAGGCAGACAGUCUUGCUUCUGUUUCUUUACCGAAUGCGGAACCUGUCGCUUUUGUCCCGUUAUCUUCAGAGCCUUUAAGAGUAGCGGAUGAUUUGUCAACGGCAGCUGGUCACCACAAGGAGAAACAUCAUCCUAAGUCUCGAGGGCAUUCUAGAGGUGGUGGUCACCAGCAGCAUGGUAUCUACAAUGCCGAACACGGUGUAAAGAGCACAAAGAAAUCGAACUCGGAUCAUCAUUUAGAUAAGGGCGCUAAAGGCUUCAAGACAGACGAACUUCAUCGCAAGGAAUACGAAGAAGCUGGUGGUCAGAAGAAGAAACACCACGACAGAGCCGAUCACAAAGGUGAUCAUGAAGAAGAGGCCUUCGGUUCCAGAGGAGCACAUUUCGGCGAAAAGAAGGGACACAAAAAGGGUCACAAAACUAAAGGAUUCCACAAUAAAUAUCACAAGGAUGAAUUACAUAAAGAGCACAAAUUCUACGACGACUUCCACAAGGGUGGUGAACACCACCGAUAUGGCAAGUUCAAUGCCAAGCACGCCAGCAACGAGAGCGGUAAGAAGAAAGUGCACCACGUCAACGCUGGACAUGACUUCUUAGAACAUGGCAAGAAGGGCUACAGCAACAAAGGGCAUUUAGACGCUGAUCACAAAGGUCACAAGGGAAAAUCAGGUCAUGAAGAACACAAUCAGCAUUAUGCCCAGCAUGGAAAGAAGGGUGGCAAGGAAGGCGGGUCCCAUUGGGCAUAUGCAAACUAAUCCUAAGGAACGUUAAUAUAAGAGCCAUAGUUGUGCUUGGGGCGUUUUAAAGUUAUAAAUAUUGUUAAAUGGUACUGAAUUGUUAUAACCUUAGCUUUA